AUGGCUGCCCUGCCGCCCCUCAGGUUCCUCACCGUCAGCCCGCGCACGAAGCACACCGCGACCGUCAUCUUCAUCCACGGUCUGGGUGACUCAGGACAUGGCUGGAAGCCAGUGGCGGACAUGUUCAGUCGUGACGCGGGUCUAGGCCACAUCAAGUGGGUGCUCCCACACGCACCUCCCAUCCCUGUCACGGCGAACAUGGGGAUGCAGAUGCCCUCUUGGUUUGACAUCUACGACUUCGAUACCCGUGCACCCGAGGACGAGCCGGGCAUGCUCAAGUCCGUCGCAUCGGUCAACAAGCUUAUCCAGGCGGAGGUCGACGACGGCAUCCCCUCCCAUCGCAUCCUUAUCGGCGGCUUCUCCCAGGGCGGUGCGAUGAGCCUUCUCGCCGCCCUCACAGCGGAGCGCAAGUUCGCCGGUGUCGCGGUGCUCAGCGGGUGGCUCCCGCUGAGCAAGAAGAUCAAGGCCAUGGCGACACCAAACAACCUCCAGACACCUAUGUUCUGGGGCCAUGGCGAGGACGACCCGCUCAUUGAGUUCCAGUCGAUGGGUCUCACCUCGAUUCAAUUCCUCAAGACCGAGUUGGGCAUCAAGCCUGCGGACCCGCGGGCUCCGGAGAAGGGCGGGCUAACGUUCUACUCAUAUGAGGACGUGCCCCACUCGACAAGCACAGAGGAGCUGCGCGAUCUACAAGAGUGGCUGAAGAGGGUAGUAAAGCCUGAGGAUGCGUAA